GGGGCGACGAGCAGGGAAAGGCUAAGCCCAGAAGCGGAGAGAUGAGUAGGGGCGAAGCUGCAAGAGGCGGGGCGUAGAGCCGGUCGCUGUCCAAGGCAUGGAAAAGUGUCGUGAAAAGAGAGAGUGCGGUGAAAAGGUGUCGCGUCUCGGGGGGAAGGUGAGGAUAGAGAAAGUGCUGACCGACAAGGUAGCGCCGGGGUGGAAGGAGAAAAAGGUGCAGGGCGAGGAGAAGGCGCGGGGCGAAGGGAAGGCCAGUGGCGAGAAGAGAUCCCAAGUCAAAGAGAGGGUCUCUAAGGGGGAUGGGCGUGGCUUUAGGAGGGGGCGGGGCGAGGGGCAGGAUCGAGAAGAACAGCUCUCCAAGGACCAGGGGAAAGGGCGUGUCGAUAAGGAACGGGUCGAAGAGCUAGGAUGGGUCGAGGAACAGGGGCGAAACAAGGCGGGGAAGCAGAGGGAGGAGCAAACUCCAGGAGAGAAAAAGGGGCGGGGACAGGGAAAGGGGCGGGGCGUGGGGAAGGUCUGGGCCGAGGAUCCGGAGAAGGGAGAGGCUAGAUACAGGACUCGGUACCAGGGUAGGGCCCGGGCCAGGAGAAAGGGGAGAUGCGAAGAGAUGUGGGGGGGCGGGGCAAAAAGUGGGGGCGAAACCAGGUGCAAGUGCAAGUGCAGGUGCACGACCAGAGGGAGCAGCAGGACUGGAGAAAGUUCGAGCCACGUUGCGCGCUGCCCCGCGAUGUACCCUGCUGGCCCCGCGUGGCCGAAACUCCGAGUCCUCCGGGCCAUGUGGGCACUACUGGCGGUGCUAUUGGCACCGGGGAGGCUGUGGGCGAAGGAGGAUAUCCAGGAGUGUAUCUGGCACGUUGUUCUGAUCAAGUUCGAGGCGGUAGGCGAGGAAGGCAGGAGCGACCGCUUUUUUGAUCUAGAGCCCCUGGAGACGCUGGACAGUGUGUUCAGCCUGCUGGUGGAUGCACCCACCGACCAGAACGAGAAAUACCUGGGCUUCCCAUACUACCUAAAGAUCAACUACUCCUGCGGUGGAGAGUCCUCCGAGGCCCAGGUCCGCAAAGGCCACCUGACAGGGCUGAAGCCCUUGGUGCUGGUGACCUUCCAGUCCCCAGUCAACUUCCAUCGCUGGAAGAUAGAGCAGCUACAGAUCCAGAUGGAGGGAGCCCCCUUCCGCAGCAAAGAGCGGUGCAACGCAGAGGAAGUGUGUGCCAUGAGCUGGUACACGCCCAUGCCCAUCAAGAACGGCAGUGUGGUCAUGUACGUGGAUGUCAGCAGCAAUGGCCUGGGGCCCUUCAUUCAAAAUAAAAGGUUUCACGUGAACAUCAACGGCUUCUUGCAGAAACAGCAAGAUAACACGCUCCAAUUCACUGUGGGAAACGAGAUCUUCAAUCUGAUACCCCGGUACUUCAUCAAUGUCCCGUCGAGGCCCCUGUGGCACACCGUGGACCAGACACCCGUGCUCAUUCUGGGUGGCAUUCCCGAUGAGAAGUCCGUCCUGCUGACUGACACCAGCUUCACGGACUUCUUUCUCGUGGAGUUGAACAUUGACAGUUGCUGGGUAGGCUCCUUCUACUGCCCUCAGGCCAGUUUCACUGCCACCAUCUAUGACGCCAUCGCCACCGAGAGCACUCUCUUCAUUCGGCAGAACCAGCUCGUCUACUACUUUACGGGCACCUAUGUCACCCUCCACGAGAGCAACCAAGGCAGUGGGAGCUGGGUUCGUGUGUUGGCCAACGAGUGCAUCAAGAAGCUGUGCCCUGUAUAUGCCCAUAGCAAUGGCUCAGAGUACGUCAUGGCCCUCACCACUGGCAAGCGGGAAGGCUACGUCCACUUUGGGACCAUCACAGAUGGCCGCGUGUCCUUCGAGUUGCUGCCCCGGCAGCGGUCUGUGUGCGAAGGGUUACAAGUUAUGAACUGCUCCAUAAUUUGGGCCGUGUUCAUUGCUGGAGACUACAAUCUACUGCUGCUGGUGCAGAUGGAAGACCCCACCGCCAGGAAGUAUUUCCAGGUGGUCAGCUACGACCUGGGUUUUGAAAGCUCAGAGCCUCAGGAGGUUUUGCCGUGUUCUCCCCCGGUUGUAGUCGGUAAUCACCUGGCCAUCCUCUACACCGUCCCGGAAUUCAUCCCUGACGCUAGGGGCCUGGAGUUUCUGAUGCUCCUAGGGACAGAGUCUCAUACCACCUUCCUGAUGGUACCCAAGGGCAUGUUCUACAACCAGUAUAGCAACCUGCUGUAUAUCUGGGGCAACUUCCUCCUGCAGAGCUAUAACUAUGAAAACUUCAUCUACCUGGCGGACUUCCCCAAGGAGCAGUCCAUUAAGUACCUGGUCAACUCGUUCCGUGGGGACAUGGCUAUUGUCACAGAGACUGAGGAGAUCUGGUACCUCCUGGAAGGCAGCUACCGGAUGUACAAGCUGUUCCCAUCCAGGGGCUGGGAGGUGCACAUCAACCUACAGGUGAUGCACCAGUCCUCCGUCUACACUCCCAAUGAGACCAUGGUCACCCUCUUCUACGAAGACACCAAGCUGUACCAGCUAGUGUAUCUGAUGAAAAACCAGCAGGGCCAGCUUGUCAAGAGGCAUGUGCCCGUGGAGCAGCUCUUGAUGUACCAGCAGCUCAGUAAUCACUACUUCUUUGAGCGGCAAGGGAGCCACCUGACGCUCUCCUUCACCAACUUCUGUCCGUUCUCGGUGAUGCGCCUGCGGGACCUGCCCAACCCGCAAGUCUACUCGCGCCAGGAGCGCUACCAGGCGCGUCCGCCGCGCGUCGUGGAGCCCUCGGGCUUCCACAGCGAGAACUCGCUCGCCGUCUACCAGGGGCUCGUCUAUUACCUGCUUUGUCUGCACUCCGAGUACCACAAGGUGGACGCCUGGCGGGGGCCGGGUCUGGUCCGAGGCGGGCCGUACGCCGACCCGGUGCACGACUCCACCUGGCGCUGGUCGAACAAGAAACAGGACCAGGAUUACUACUUCUAUCUGGCGAGCAACUCGCAGAGCCCGGGGAACGUGUACAUUGACAUGGCCAGCUACGAGAAGAUCUACGACCUCAAGGCCGACUACGAGCUGCCCGAGCGCAUCUUCCUGGACAAGGGCACCAGCUACGUCUUCUCCGUCUUCCUGAGGGUCGGGGGGCAGUCUCUGGAGUUCACACCCGAGCGCGUGCUCACCUCCGAAGAGCUGAAGAGCACACUGGAUCUGGGCGUGGUGCUGGCCGACCCCGGCUGCAUUGAGGCGGUGGUGAGACAGAAGUUCCUCAUUAACCGCAACUCGGUGCUUUUCCGGGUUACGCUCAGUGAUAAAAGGUCUUGCUUUGACCAGGGCCUUAGUGGACAUCACCUCUUGGAGACCUCCAUGUUGCUCAAGGUGGCGGGCGCGGUCGGACAUUGCUUCCAGAACACACACCAGGGACCCCGCAUGCAAGGCAACUUGAUGGUCCCAGUGCUUAUCGGCUGCCCUCCGGGCAAGCGCCUGGCCUUCGACAUCACCUACACCCUGCAGUACAAUCGUCUGCAGAACAAACACUACUUUGACUGCGUGAGGGUGGACCCCGAGAUGCCCUGCUUCCUCUUUCGUGAUGUCUUCUACCCUUUCUUCUUGAUCCAAGACUUGGUGACGGGAGAUUCGGGCAGUUUUCAGGGCAGCUAUGUGCUGAAGGUGGUAGGCGGCGGGCCCACCCUGGACACCAUCAGGGAAUACAGCGAGGAGGAGAUUUACCGCUUCAACAGCCCCUUGGACAAGACUCACAGCCUCAUCUGGACCACCAAGAACACAACGACCACCAAGGACUCGGCCUUUAACAUCAUGUCCCAUCAGAGCUUGGGCAUCGAGUGGCUGUGUCUGGAGAACUCCCCAUGCUAUGACACCAUUCCCCAUACCAUCUUCGCCCCUGAGUUCUUCUUCAAGGUGCUGGUGAGCAACAGAGGCGUGGACAAGAGCACAUACUGUGACUACCAGCUCAUCUUCCUGCUGCACAUCCACGGUCUGCCACUCAGUGCCAAGCGGGCCUUCUUCAUCCUCAUGGUGUCAUCCAGCGUGUUCAUCGGUCUGGUGACCCUCUACAUCAUCUUCUGCCUCCUGUUGCCUGUUAUGGUGAAGGCCUGGAACAGCCUCCGCUGGAAGAUCAACAACAUCAUCAUGUCAGAGUCCUACUACACCUACACUUCCCCUUCUAGAAAUUGCAGUGGGACAUCUGAGACCAGAUCCACGGUCAGCUCCAGAGUCGGCUCCAGUGACAGUUCCAAAGUGGCAGAGGCGAACCAGCGUGCACCUGAGCAAACCUGGAAGAAGAAGCCGUUGGUUACCUGAGCCACUUGCCUGCCCCCAUCUCCACCCGUGCUCUUCCCUCACUUCCUGGGCCACCUUGGAAAUGCAUCUAUCACCCAUCCCAGGCCCUUUUUUGUUUUGCGUCAAUUUUCACUUCUUCAGACCUAAAUCCUAGUUUCAGGAUUAGCCAUGGGCCCUUGUAAGGACUCACGUUCAGUUAGUUUGUACCACACAGCCAUAUAGGUCAUUAAAGUCAAAAUCCUUCUGGGCCACCUGGUAAA